CAUGUAUAUUCAUAAAACGAUGCUUUUCGCCAAUGUUUUGAAAUAAUUUUGUAUCAAAUAUGUGUUCAUAUCCGACGGUAUACGCUGUGAAAUUAAACGCGCGCACCCAGAUUGCCCACAUUGCACCGCAUCACCGUGAGUUCACUGCAGUACUUCAGUGAAAUUAGCUUGACUAGCGGGUGUAUUGCUAAGCUAGGAUAUUAGCAUCUUGUAUAUGUGCACAGUAGGUUGAAUAAGCAGCAUCGUAAAGAAUGGCUGGAAGCGCAGGAGAGUGGUGUCUGAUGGAGAGUGACCCUGGCGUGUUCACAGAACUGAUAAAAGGAUUCGGUUGCAAAGGCGCCCAGGUUGAAGAGAUAUGGAGUAUGGAGCCAGAGAACUUUGACAACUUGAAACCAGUUCACGGGUUGAUUUUCCUGUUCAAGUGGCAGCCAGGCGAGGAGCCAGCAGGAUCUAUCGUUCAGGAUUCAAGGCUUGACCACAUCUUCUUUGCAAAACAGGUCAUUAACAACGCCUGUGCCACGCAGGCAAUAGUCAGCGUUCUGCUCAACUGCUCCCAUUCUGACAUGUUGCUUGGGGACACACUGACAGAGUUCAGAGAGUUUUCACAGAGUUUCGAUGCCGCUAUGAAAGGUUUGGCUCUUAGCAACUCUGAAGUGAUCCGACAAGUUCACAACAGCUUUGCCAGACAGCAAAUGUUUGAAUUUGAUGCAAAGUCCACAGCAAAGGACGAGGACGCCUUUCACUUUGUGAGCUAUGUUCCUGUAAACGGCAGACUAUACGAGCUGGAUGGACUUCGAGAGGGACCAAUUGACCUGGGUGCAUGCAACCAGGAUGACUGGAUCAGCGCAGUUCGCCCAGUGAUCGAGAAAAGAAUACAGAAGUAUAGUGAAGGAGAGAUCCGAUUCAACCUAAUGGCCAUUGUGUCAGACAGGAAGAUGAUAUACGAGAGAAAAAUCGCAGAGCUCCAGACCCAGCUUACUGAGGAUGAACCAAUGGACACAGACCAGAGCAGCACGUUUCUUAGCUCCAUCCAGUCAGAGAUUGCCAAGUACCAGCUCCUUAUUGAAGAAGAAAAUCAGAAACUUAAAAGAUAUAAGAUUGAAAACAUUCGGCGAAAGCACAACUACCUUCCUUUCAUCAUGGAGCUACUGAAGACACUGGCAGAGUACCAACAGUUAAUACCUUUGGUGGAAAAGGCGAAGGAGAAACAAAGCGCCAAAAAAGCCCAGGAGGCCAAGUAAACAACAAACCCUUCAACAGAGAAGCUUCUAAUCACACGCACAUGCAUCCAGAACCCUACAGUCACCCUUUAUUCACUGAGCCACAUACAGAUACUGUUCAUCAUCUGUCAUAUUCAUAUUAAUGACCAAGGGUGGUCUGCAGCACUUCCUCACUGUGGCAAUCUGUGAACCAUCCAGACAUUAAGAACUGCACUGCAGGUGUAGCAGAGAGACUGUCCGGCAAAAUGCUGUCUCCGUAUGUGUCCAUCAGCUCUACUGCAUGAUAGAAGGAAAGAUGUGCUAAAAUUUUGUUCCGUCUUAUUUUCAUAAUAAAAUGUUUGUGAAUUGGUGUUUUCAUGGA